UGCCCCGUGCCCUCCUCCCUGGUGAGAGAGGGAGCUCCUCCCGGGGUGAGGGUAGCUGGGUUGGGGAGAAGCUCGCCUCUCUCUCGCCACUCCUGGCCAGCAGCUCCGGAGGAGGGUUUGACUUUAAAAUCACGCAAGACACGCACACACCCUAGCUGAAGUGCUCAAGUGUCUUGCGCGCUGCCUGAGGCUUUCUUCAAGGGCGCAUUUGGAGAUCGGUGACGGAGACCAGCUUGCGAGGGGACGCAACUUUGAAUCCCCACUGAUGUAUGAAGUUUCAGAGCACCAGAGCAGUGGCACAGAUAGUUCAGGAAGCAGUCUUGGAAGCUCGGUCACAGCAUGUAAGAAGGUUCUCUGCAGUAACAGCCUGCUAGAAUCAACAGACUACUGGUUCCAGAAUCAGAGGACACCAUGCCGGAUUGGCAUCGUGGAGGACAAGUUGGAGAAGAACUAUGCCUCUGUUUGCUUUGUGAAUCUGGAUGCCCAUGAAGGUAACUGCAGUGAUGAACUCAUGAAACAGAGGUUGAUCGGUAUCUCUCCAAAUCUCCCAAAGCUUAUCAGCUCUAUGAAUGUACAGCCUCCCAAAGAGAAUGAAAUCAUCCUGCUGAGCGGAUUGACUUCAGGGAGCCUUCAGGCUGGUUUUGAUGUACCCCAGUGUUCUUGGCUGGCAGAUGUCUGUCUGGUUCAGUGUGCAAGAGGAAACAGAAAGAACAGCACAAACUGCAUCAUCUUUGAAAUAAACAAGUUUCUGAUUGGGCUGGAGCUUGUGCAGGAGAAGCAGCUGCACAUCGAGGCCAACAUCUUAAAGCCUGAGGACGACACUAACUGCUCCGUGUCCUCAAUAGAAGAAGAUUUUCUUACAGCUUCCGAACACUUCGAAGAUGAGAGUGAGGCCGAUGAAUAUAAAAACGGUCAGGAAAAACUGAAUGUCACCGAGUCCUCAGCAGAGUUCAAAAAGCAUGGAGGGAAAGGACUUGAAAGCUUACAGUGCAAAAAUCCCAGGUCGCCAUUUGCUGUGGAAGCGAAUUGUAUUAACAAAGACAGCGCAGCUCCUGCUAGGAUUUCAAACUCGUCGGAUGAGGACUUGAAUGGUGAGGGCGAAGACAGCAUUUUGCGAACUGUGGACAAAGCCAGUAAGCACUGGAAAUCUGGUAUAGCUGGGAAAUCUAAGUCAUCCUCUAAUACUGAUGAUCUGGAAGACUCUUCCAGAGGUGAUACGGACAAUUCGGAUGUGUCGGAAGACGUGUUGUUGGCCGCAGCAACCAAGGAGGACAUUAUUUCUCUGGAUGAUGCAGCAGAAGAACAAGACGUACGUUUAGACACCUUGGAUUGUAGAGAUGAAAGAACAGAUAAUCCUCCCGUGCAAAAUGAACAGGCCACAGCAGGUCAGUUUGCUACAAAUUUGGCAGAGUCAGUCCUGCAAGACGCAUUCAUCAGGUUGUCUCAGUCUACUUUUACCAAAGAGGCUGCCAUCAGCAUCUCUGUUGGUAGCUCCUUAACUCCAGCUGCAUAUGCAGCACAGGAUGCGAUGGCUUCACGACCAUGGAACGAACUCCCCAAAAUUGUCAUAGUUCAAAGUCCAGAUGGCUCCGAAAACACAUCUGAAUGGCCUGGAUCUAGCUUACCAAAUUUGUGUCCUUGGUCUGACGUUGAGCGUCCCCGUGAAGCUGCAGACUGGUUGCAAGACAACAGUGGAGGCACCCAAAGUGCCUUGGAAGUGGCUUUGGCCUGUGCCGCUACAGUCCUUGGUACCAUAUCGAGCCCUCAUGCCGCAGAAAAGCUCAAAAGAGAACAGGAAGCUGCAGACUCUCAAACAAUUUCUAAUGAAGAGUUGGAGGAAAACUCUCCCCAAGGCGUCAGUAACAGCCCGCCUGUGGAUUACUCGUUCCCAUCUGCCCUGUGCGGCAUGACUCAAGUAGCGAGUGCUGUUGCAGUUUGUGGUCUUGGUGACAAGAAAGAUGAUAAGUAUCCUGCAGCCUCCGGAGGACUCUUGUCUGCCGCAGAGACAUCGGCAGCCAUCACUCUUCACUGUAGCAUAGCUGUAGGGAGCAGCAUGGAGAACCUGAACAAUAGCGUUGCACAAGCAUUAUUCAAAGAGGCUUCCUUAGUGUUAGCCAAGCCUGAAACAUACAGAAACCUAGGCGACUUUAUGGAAUCUGUAAAUGGGAAAAUUGUCCAGGCUGUGACAAAGCCCUCAGUUCCCCAUUUGGAGGAAGUGAUUGUUGAUGAACUUGCCCAGAACUUGUCCAAUGUUAUUCUGAGACACUCAGUGGAAGAGGUCAGGAAGAAGAAGCUAAACACACGAUCUGAAAGCAACGUAGACCUCAGUACCCAAGAUGUUUUUAUUGCAACUGCAAAUAAGCUGCUUUUUGAUGUGCUGUACUUCACUUGUAAGAAAAUGAGCGAUGUCACACAACUCACUGAGUCUUUAAGUACUUUUGCUGAAGAUAAUCUUAGCUGGCAGGCAAUGGAGAGCCAACCAAAGGACUCUACAAAUGAUCUAUUACAACCAUCUCCAGACAACUCUGAUAAUAAGCCUCCUAGUACUUUUUGUGGCACUAGCCCUAACAUUGAUGUUGUACCCACAACAAAAGACAUCAAAGGGGACGUUGUGCUGGAUACCCGGGAAUCGGUCACACCUCGUGCAGCUUCACCACCUAGGGUCAAUGCUCAUAGCUCACCUUCUGGAAAAGCAUCUCCCAAAAAAAGGUAUUUGAAAAGAACUGCAAGAGAGUGCUACAAGUCCAUACAUCCCAGUAGCAGCAAUCAUACAAAGAAAGAACUCCGGUCGUUUACCAGCAGAGAAGACACAACACUAGCCAAUGAAUGCAGACAUGGCAUUCAGGAACGUCCACCUUCCAACACUGCACCAAGUACAGAAAGUCAUGAAAAGCCUAUGUGUGGUGCCACAUGGCACAAUGAAGCUCAACUGAGCCUCUCCUUAUUGGGUAAUCAGGGUUUGUUGCCUUCCCAACCUCUGCUACAGUUGAAGCAUCCAGCAGAUAAAUACUGCGUAGCAGAUUUUGCAGAGGAAUUGGCAGAGACAGUGGUCUCUAUGGCAACAGAAAUUGCUGCCAUUUGCCUUGACAAUUCAAACGGCAAGCAACCUUGGUUCUGCGCGUGGAAAAGAGGCGGCGAAUAUUUGAUGCCCCAAGCUUUGUCAUGCCGAAGCAUGAAAAGGAAGAAGGAGGCACAGUCCAGUGGAUCGGUCGUGAGAAAGCAUCGGCCGCCCAGGCUUAGUGAGAUCAAGAGGAAAACGGAUGAGCACCCUGAGCUGAAAGAAAGGCUUAUGAACAGAGUGGUGGACGAAUCCAUUAACCUUGAUGACACACCGGAUCCAUGCAAUAGCUUUGCCAGUGAAGUAGCUGCUAAAAUUGUGAAUUUGGCUGAGUUCUCUGUGGCUGAUAAUGCGUGGCAAAGCCCAAACCAUCCUCGAAAUAGACUGCACUGUGACAGAUGGAGCAGAGUCAACGCAUCCAGCUGUGAAAGCAUCCCGGAGGAGGACUCCGAUUCCAAAGGGUCUGCGAAUACUUUGGGUCUCACAAACACUUUAGGGCAGCCAAUAAGCAGGACUAGCUCUGUCUCCAAACAGUCCAGCUGUGAGAGCAUUACGGACGAGUUUUCAAGGUUUAUGGUCAACCAGAUGGAGAACGAAGGUCGAGAGUUUGAUUUACUGCUUGACUACUAUGCUGGGAAGAAUGCAAAUAACAUCUUGACUUCUGCAAUGCAACAAGUUGCCAAGAAAAAUGGCCACCUCAAUGUGAGGCCAAGUUGCCCAUCCAAACAGUCCAGCACAGAAAGCAUAACAGAAGAAUUUUAUAGAUAUAUGCUGAGGGAAAUUGAAAAGGAAAAUAGAGAGAAUGUGUCUUCUGCUAGGAGUGCCAAGGACUGGAGUAGCAAUUUAUUACCUCCUUCCCAACGCUCACCUUUUUGUUUUAGACAGUCCUCAGUGCCCGAUAGCAGAAGCUUGGCUUCUAGGCUAACAGUGAAUGUGCCCAUCAAAGCAAAUUCAUUAGAUGGCUUCUCUCGCAAUGGCCACAGGGAUUCUUUAAGUGUAGAGCCAAUCAGCACGGCUUCCUCUUCAGGGCUUUGCAAAUCAGACUCUUACCUGUACCAAAGAUGUAGGACUGAUCAGGCAACCGACAUGCUGAUUCAUGAGACAUGGGCAAAUUCCAUCAAAGCUCUAAUGUGCAAGAACAAAAUAAUAGCAAAUGACGUGGAAGUUUCAGAGCUUGACCAGCAUCCUCACGACUCCCCACCGCAUGUUCAACAGUAUGCAAACAGGCUAGCUGCAAAUAUUGUUGAAAGCGGGAAGACUUUAAUUGUCCAUCACCAAGAUUCUGCAAACAGAGAUCACACAGCAGACAGCAGACAUGUCCCAAUAGGGAUGCAAAAAAACUGUAAACCAAUAGGAGACAGAAUAGAUUUAGAUGUGAAAAAAACACAUUCUUCAUCCCCUGGAUUUUUUCCUACGAACCAUACAAGCUGUUCUGUAUGCCUAAGGGAAGUGCCUUUAAUUCAGAUAGAAACAGAACAAAGAGAAGUCCUUGAUGAAGUCUCAGAACCAUUGGCAGAAGUUAAUGUGGCCUCUGGGAAACCAAAGGGGUAUCUCAGCAAACAAAAACGUGCAGAAGCAUAUUCAGGAAGGCACCUGGAUUCCUCAACAAACAGCAGCUUGACUAUACGCAGUGAUCCUGAACCUGAAGCUUCCAAAGAGGCCAAAGCAGUGGAAGAGUUUCCAGUUCCUCCCAGCAGCAGUGACGAAAGCACAGGUAGCAGCUGGUGCCAGCUGGCAAAUGACGAGGACAAUCCUGAGGAUACAAGCAGCUAUUUGCAACUCAGCGAGAGAUCUAUGAGUGAAUUAAUAGAAGAAAACACACGCCACAGCAAAAUGCCAGAAAAGGUAGAAGAAUGCGCUUCUGGCUUAUCCACUGGAACAGCCAAUGGGCAAAAGGAUCUCUUGGUGAUCAACUUUGACCUGGAACCAGAGUGCCCUGACGCAGAAUUGCGUACCACCCUUCAGUGGAUCGCUGCAUCAGAGCUUGGGAUCCCCAUGAUCUAUUUUAAGAAAUCUCAGGAAAAUAGAAUUGAAAAGUUUUUAGAUGUUGUGCAGCUUGUCCAUGAGAAGUCCUGGAAAGUGGGCGAUAUCUUUCAUGCCGUGGUACAAUUCUGCAAACUCCAUGAAGAAAGCAGAGAACAGACUCCGAGCCUGUUUGACUGGCUACUUGAGUUGGGAUAAGAAACCUUGUUACACUUGUUUUCAUUUUUAAUCCAUUUUAAGUGGCAGUGAUUUGUGAGUGGCCCUCUUUUUCAAAACAUCAGCACAUAGAACUGAGCAGAAAUGCACAAACUCUGCCAUGGGUCUGUUUUAGAGCUGUGCGCAUGAAAGAAAGUAGUGGGUGGAAAGGAAAGACCCGGAGUAUACAGUUGUAUCACAUGGGGAACCUUGCGUUGGAGAACCUACUGUUGUAGGACGACAGGGGCGUGCGCAUUUUGAAUUGACAUUUGUGGAAACUGGAGGAAAAACAACAUCUGUUUCCCGUAAUCAAACAUACAUACAUUUUUGUCAGCUAUGUGUAUUGACUGACAAUGAAAUCACACAGUAACAAAGGCAUUUUUAAAAGAGAGAGAGAGAGGUUAGUAUUUGUCGUUUGACUACACUAGCGGUUUGCAGAAUGCCAGGCAAACGAAUACGUAGGAGGAUAUGCCUCUCAAUGAAUUCUGUGUAAUUAUGUUUUCAAAUUACUCCAGAGGAACAGAAAGAGGAGCCUGAGCUCUUGAACUGUGUCACAAAGAAGCGACAUUCGCAAGCUGUUGAAAUUCCUUUUUAAAAAGCUGUUAGCCAUUCGGCAGGCGUAUAUGUUCUGCUGAAAGAAACAAAAUUCAGGUUGGCAGGUUUUCAUGCAGGUCUUUAAAACUCCUGAUCGUGUUGUGUUCUUUCCCUGCAGUUUUCAGAGGCUCUGUGCUCCAAUGUACUGCUAAUAUUGGGCUGCUCAUUAACAGAUUUGAGUCCCACACACAGCUUUACUAGCAACUCGCUGUGAGACUGUGGGCAGGUAUUGGCAUUUCUAAGCCUCCCCUUUCUUUCACCUGAAAUGGUGAUUCACAUCCUUUGUAAAGUUCGUUGCAAUCUGCGAAUGAACAGUUGCUUUUAAAGGAAUUCAACUUUGCUACUCAAAUUUUACAAAUUGAUGCUAUGCAGAUUUAUUCAGAUGCUAAGUCCCACUGAGUUCAACAAGCCUUACUCCAAGUAUGUGCUCAUGAUUUACAAUCAUUUAGUCUUAACUGCUGCACUCAAAUUGGUUUAGCUUAGGCCAGCCUCAUAGACUGUACCUUCAUAGAAAGGAUGUGACUGUGAAAGCUUUUUAUCCUAAAGGGGGAAACACCAAAGCAAGGAAAAAGGGGUGCCUAUUAGGCAGGAAUAUUUGUUGAAACUGCCUCAACUAUUCUACAUAAUGUGAAAGUUUUAAGAUUGGUUCUGAAGGAACCUGGGCUCCAAAAUAUACUGACCUGUGAUGAACUGUAUUAGAUGGCACUUCUGAGAACAAGUUUCUCCUUUUUCAUUAUUCUUUUUAUACUGAUAGAAUCAUGUGAUUAUCAACACUUUAAAACCAAAAUUUGAAUGAAGUUAAAUGUUUGGGGUGCCUGUGAUCUUUUUACUGCAUAAAAACUUGUCUGAUUGUCAGUGUAUAUCCCCAAUACCCUGAUUUUCAAAUAACUAGUAGUUUUUGCACCCAUACUUAAAACAUUCUUUGGCUUUGGCCAAAAAGACUGCUUUUAAUUUAAAGUCAGGAAAGGGAACUGUGUUGCAAUAAAAAUCUUCAGCUCAUUACCCACCAAAUAUCUCUAUUCCAAAUUGUCAAUAUCCUUUACUAGCAUCUUCGCAAAGCAGCAAUUCUGUCAUUUGCUUUUUUGAAAAACAGAAUUUCAAUCGUUUGGCCAUAUACAGAUUCUGCCUGUAUGUUCCUGAAGACUAUGAAAGACAUCUCUUAUUUUCAUUAAGAUAGUGUAUGCUUCUGUAAUGUGUCCGAAAGUAAUUUAUCUUUUUACACUAUUUUUGCAGUACUUUAAAAUAAAAUUAUUAAGAGCCAUAAUUGUCACCAUUGCUUCUGUUAAAUCCACUUCCACACAUGCCUGUUCUUUCGCAAAGGUGACAUUUGCCAGCAUAUUAAUCUAAGUGUUCAAGCAACUUUGCUGACUAUUACUCCACAAUACAUGUAGAGGAGUAAAGGUCGUGGUUAAUAAUAGAAAGGCCAAUUUAUACUGCAAGUACUAGCUUUGGCUGAACAGCACCUGGGUCCACUCUGGAGAUGUGCCACAACCCAAAAAGCUUCUCAAGACCAGUGUGCACUCAGGACCUCUUAGAAAACAGUAAUAAAGGUAUGGAGCAUUAUAGAUUGAAAUUAUACUGUUGGAAAGGUUGUUUAUUUUUAGACCAAUUCCGGUUAGUUGUGUGUUACACAGACGUUUUGCGGUGGUAGAAUAAAUGUUUACAAGCACAAACAACAUAGCUAACAUGUGAAAGUGUGAUGCAAUUCCUUUCUGUAUGCUACUUUUUAGUACUGCAGCCUGACUUGAAAUAAAUUUAUGUUAACAGUCUGUGUCCUCUUUGCCUUUGUAAAACCUAAUUUUGAAUUAGCCUUUCUACACAGUAGAGAGGACAUAAAGUAUUUUCAUAUAGCAGCUCAGCAAGAAAAAGGAUCAGUGUGUGACAUCAGACAAAAAGGUAUUUUACAAAAGUUCUGAAUUGCUGUGAAAUGCAUUCAGUACAAGCUGAAGGGAGUACAUGGCAUUGGAAUGCCAACAUACCCUAAAGGCUUCUGUUUUCAAAGCAGCUGGUCACCUGUAGCUUGAAGAUUGACGGAAGGCCUGUAAAAGUACAUAAUCCAAAGCACAAAUAUCUCAACAUUUAGCAGGAGCAGGCUAUGAGACCAGAAUUCUUAAUGUAUGGAUCAAAUAGGAAGAAAAGUAGGCUCAAAAAUGUAUCCCAAAAGAAUACUUCUGAUGUGUGCCUUCAUCUGAAUUGGACGCCAAAGAAAUACUGAACUGCUCUUGGAGUUUUAAUCUUAAAUGGAUAGACAAACAAGCUUUUAAAGAAGGAAGCAGGGAGCAUUUGAAGUUUUUUCUUUUUUAAAAGAAUAGUGAAAUAUCAAUUAAUUUUUAUAUAAAAUUAAAUCCAUAUAAUUCUAGAUCAAAACUGCACAGCUUGUGUCUCAACAGGCCCACCAAACAUAGCAGCUUACUCAGGGGAGGCUAAUUUGUAGCCCUUAGGUGUUAUUGUACUGCAACUUGCAUGACCACUAGCCAUACUGGCUGGCACUGAUGGGAGACUUAGUUCAGUGACUUCUGAACUCCUGCAUUAGGGGUUUCAUAAGCCUGUUUUAUGUGGGGCAGCAAACUCAAAGUUAUUAAACACCCCAUAGUAAGUUGUUGGUGGACUACACUUUAUGGACCUCUUUAAGGUAUUGACAUUUUAAGCCAUCUCUGCUAAUGCAGCUGCACCUCACAAUGCUGAUCUAGUCCAUCUGAGUUAGAGGAGGUAACAUUUCUGAUCCAGAAUAACAGGUGCACGUAACAAAGUGCAAGUAGAGCUGGAUCAGAAGAGAAUUGUCAAAAAGUGGGUUCACCAAAACUCAUGCCUGAGGCUCUAGCAAUGUAACUCUUGAGUUAAAGGUUACCUCGCCUCCAAUAGGGGGACUUAAAUACUGUAAAUGCCAAUAGCUUCAAAAUAUUGUGAAGUCUGCAACAAAAGUUUUCUUUCUCAGGAAAAGUAUCUGCAUAUUUCUGAAAAACAAAGCUACACUUUCCAGAGCCUAAAGGUAUUGUGCAUUGCUCUGUAGCAAAUACCAGUGCUUUGCUUCAUAGCAGAUCACACCUAGCACUUCUGCAACCUUCAUGGGAGGUAAACCAUGCAUAAUAUCAGAGACUCCUUAGGAUAAAGCUGAACAGAGAAGUCAGGCUAGCUAGAUUAUAUUUCAGUUCAGUUGACAUUUUCAGGGCAACACAGCAAAUAGGCUCUCAUACUGGGGACACUAAAAAAUUCAAAAACAUUUCAUGCCAGUACCAAAGCAGCAUCAGGAUAUUCAGGUAUACACACACAUGCUGAGACAACUUACUUUAAUCACUUACUGCAAUUAAGAGGACAAACAUGAUUGGAGAAAAAAAAGGAAAUGGAUGUGAAAUGACAGGAUGAAAAGCUGUGAACUAAUCAUCAACAAAUCAUGGUUCAUACAUUCGCAAAGGCUUGAUUAAAAAAGUGUGAGCCCCUCUCCUCUAUGGUGCAAGCUGCUUCUCCAGUGUGGAUCAGACAGACCUCUUAUUGAGGCCCAAUUCAUGUAAUUAUUUCUGCUCAAAGUGGCAGAUCACAUGAGCCAGGCUUCUCUGAGAUUGGGCACUCAGUUCACAAGGGAGGGGUAGGACUUUUGCAACUUGACACAAUAAUACCACUCCCAAGCUAAAUGCUAGAAAACCCAUGCAGUGUUUUGCACUCCAGAACCUAGAUAAUAUAUAAUAUUUUAUUCAUAUAGCACAAAGGAAAAGGUUAAAAGUGAAGCACCCUUUGUAGCAGCUGAGAAAAACAUUUGCCAAAUGUUUGGUGCAUACCCAACAUCCAUUAUGCUGCUUCGUAGUGUGUGGCCUGAAGUUUAGGAACUAAGUGAUUUAGGCUGAAGCUUAAUAAUGCAUUUCAGAUACAGUUUUUAAAUAUAUUGUUGGUGACUCUAAGGCAGGCAUCCCCAAACUGCAGCCCUCCAGAUGUUUUGGCCUACAACUCCCAUGAUCCCUAGCUAACAGGACCAGUGGUCAGGGAAGAUGGGAAUUGUAGUCCAAAACAUCUGGAGGGCCAAAGUUUGGGGAUGCCUGCUCUAAGUCUUCAGGUUGGAAGAGACUAAAAAUCCAAUAUGUAAUAAGUUUGCUUUUUUUAAUUGAUGAGUAAAUAUAGAGCUAUAUGGCAGAUUUUUUAUUUAUUUUUAAAGUUUUAAUACGCACUUUCUCCAGAGGUUUCAGACAAUACUUGAAUAGACAGUUUUAAUAUAUGCUCAACUGUCAAUACUACAUAAAGAGCUGAAC